AUGUCGAACCAACAACUUGUUUUAGUCACCGGUGUUACUGGCUUCAUUGGAGCCCAUGUCGCUGUCGCAUUGCUCAAUAAGGGUUACCGUGUGCGUGGUACCGUCCGUAGUAUGGAGAAGGCAAAGGAGCUUGUCCGUUUGAACCCCGAGCUCAAGGACAAGAUCGAAUUUGUGAUCGUCAAAGACAUCGUUGAGCCCAACGCGUUCCAGGAUUCUGUCAAGGGUUGUGAUUAUGUUUGUCAUGUUGCUUCCCCUUUCUUCACUGAUAACGUUACUGACAAUAAAACUCAACUCUUGGACCCCGCCGUGAAAGGCACACUCAGUGCCUUGGAGGCCGCCGUGACCGAACCCAAGGUGAAGCGUGUAGUUAUUACUUCUUCCUUCGCUGCUGUCAAUAAUCCCACCGCUGAUCCCAACACCGGCUACUCCUAUUCUGAGAAGGACUGGAAUCCUCUUAGCUAUGAAGAUGCUCUCCAGACCAAAAAUGGAAAUUUCGCUUACUCUGCUUCCAAAAAGUUAGCUGAAAAGGCAGCUCGUGAUUUUGUCAAGGAAAAGCAAUUGCACUUCGACAUUAGCACUGUCAACCCUCCCUACGUCUUUGGUCCUCCCAUUCACCCCAUGAACAGUAUGGACUCCUUGAAUACUUCCAAUCAAGUUUUGUGGAAGCUCGUCAAUGGCUCUAAAGUGCAACCCAAUAUACAGCGCUGGCAAGUCGAUGUUCGUGACAUUGCCGACGCUCACGUUUUGGCUCUUGAAAGCCCCAAGUUGAGCAAUGGCCGUAUGCUCGUUACUCAAGGUCCAUUCUCUACCAACAACAUUAGUAAGAUUCUUCGCGAAAAACUUCCCGAGAAGAAGGAUGUUAUUUCCGAGCCUUCUGAUGUCCCUUUUAAUGAAAAGUUCUUCAACAUAGACAACUCUUUUUCCAAGUCCCUCGGUUUGCAAUACUACAGCGAUGAGCAAACCUACGUCGAUACUGCUUUGAAGCUUUGGGAACGUGCCAAGCAAUUUAGUGGAACCGAAUAA